UUUAAGAAGAAAAGUUUCAGAAAAAUGCAAUAAAGAUAAAUCAAAAUGUCAGUCAUGAAGUUCUGGGCGGACAUGGAGCAGGAUGAAUAUGAUCCGGAAGAGUUUGUUGAAAGACUGGCAUUUAGGGCGAGAUCUGGUUCUAACUCCGCGGAUCUGGGAGAAGCGCAAAAUUUACACACCUCAUUCCUCCAAGCAAUCAAAGAAUUGAAGAUUAUGCAUGAGAAGCAGGAAGCGAAGUGUAAGGAGCUGGAGGAUAAAUCAAGGGAGGAGGAGAGAGCUCAUUGGACUCGGGUAGCAGCACUCAUUCAUAGAAACAAGGCUGCUGCUGCCACCUACAAGUCCCUGGAUGAGAAGAUUAACUCGGUGGCGGGUAAAGUGGUUUAUCUAGGAGAUCAACUAGAGAGCGUGAAUACUCCAAGAGCACGAGCAGUGGAAGCUUUAAGAUUGAUAAAACACUUUGAUGAGUUCCUGGACGGAGAGACUUCGGUAUCUCCGGUCUUCAUGGAUAAAUCCAGACUGUACGAAGCUGCAGAUAUAAUCCAGAAGUUAAACUUGAUUGGACAGGAACUACCAGAGAAGGAGUUCAGUCAUGCCAGGAGAUCUAUUGAUGCUAAAUACAACGAGAUUGAAAAAGCCUUGAUAGAAGAGUUUAUUAAGCACCAUAGAUCUGAUGAUAAGGUGAAAAUGGCUGAACUAGCGGUAAUCCUUUCACACUUCAGGGGAUACAACGAGUGUGUGAAUGCAUUUAUUGAGCAGAUCCAACUAACAUCUCUACGGGGGAAGGAUCCCUUUAAGGACAUAGUUCCUCUUUGUAGACAAAGUUGGGACACCAUCAGCCAGGUGUUUCCGUCUCCUUCUAAUGUGAUGGCAAAAUUUGUGUUAAACAUUUAUUAUGUUAAACUCAAGGAAUACAUUACAGACAAACUUCAGGAUAAGAAUGAUACCGAGAAGUACUUGAAGAACCUGUAUUUCCUGUACUCCCAAACCAUUAAGCUGAAUUCUGAUCUCUCCAACUAUAAUCUGGGUUCAGAUCAUCUCUUCCUCUCUAGGCUAACCAAGGAUAUUUUCAGUCGGUAUUUAGAAACAUACAUCAACAUUGAGUCUAGAUAUCUCAACGAUAGAGCUCGGACUGUUCUACAAAAAUACUAUGAAAACCAAGGACAUCAGAGGAAACAAAUGUCAGGCGGGGUCGGUACAGUACAAGAAUUGAAGCGCGAAAUGCACGGAUUGAUUGCUGCUCGCACGAAUUUCAACCUUGCUGAGAUCCUUGAUUAUGGCGGGAAAACAUUUCUCUCAGAUGAUAUAGCGAUCAUGAUCAUUCAGGAGGCGAGAGAAGCAUUUAGACGAUGUCAAGUAUUGUCCAAGCCCAGUGAGUUGUCCAGUAAUGCUAUGGAGAUUUUUAAUAUUUUAGUUUCGUACCUUCUACAUUAUCAUGUGGAUUAUGCUGUAGAACUAGGGUUGGCCGGAAUACCACUUCCGGAAACUAAAGUUCCGCCGGAAACGUAUUUCUUUGAUAUUAUUCGGCAGACAAAUACAAUCAUCUUUCUUGUGGACAAGUUAUUCUCAGAUAGCCUGGUGCCUCUGGUGGUAUCCACCUCUAAGCAUGCAGACUGCCUCCAGACCAAGAAGAAUGAAUGGGAGAAACUUGAAUCUAAACUUGAUACAGGACUGGAUCGUAGUAUUGCUACUAUCGCUGGUUGGAUCAAAACUAUUUUAACAACUGAGCAGAAGAAAACCGAUUACAACCCACAGGGUGGUGAAGCUAUAGCUGUUGCAAGCGGUGCCUGUCUCAAAGUUGUAAAAUGGAUAGCUGAAUUAACUAAGAAGAUCAGGGACUCUCUUGAUGGACGAAAUUUAGAAUGGGUUCUUCAAGAGUUAGGAAUUCGAUUACACAGGACUGUUUAUGAGCACCUGAUGCAGUUCCAGUUUGCGUCUGCUGGGGCAAUGACGUUGAUUUGUGAUAUGCAGGAGUACCGGAAGUGUGUAUCUGACUGGAAGGUUGGAACAGUUACCGCACUGUUUGAGACCCUACAUGCAAUGUGUAACCUUCUAAUCCUUCCUCCUGAGAACCUGAGAGGUGCAGCUAUGGGUGAUCAACUGGCUAACAUGGAUAAAGGAAUUCUCGACAAUUGGCUUCAGCUUAGAGUUGAUUAUAAAACUGCUCGACUUGCAAACUGUUUAUAAACAUCUUGUUUAUCUUUCAAUUAGGGUUUCCAAUCAGAAUUGCGCAGUCGGUUCACAAAUAGCGGGGAAUUGCGUGGAGUUUAGGGGGCUCGCAAUUGCGCGCAAGUAAAAUCCAUUUGCAUUGGAAACCCUACUUCCAAUUCAGAUUCUAUAAAAAUGUGUUCAAGAAAAAAAAUAUUGGUAAACAGUUUAUAAUGAUCUUCAUUUCGUUAUUCAUACAUUUUAUAUAUUUAUAUAUUGGUUCUAUGCUAUACAAUACAUUCCUUAAAGAAACUAUGUAGAAAUAUGUUUUUUGUAGAAAUUACAAAAUAAAACUUUCAACUCUGUUGGAAAAUGAUAAAUGAUAGAUAAUUCUCCUAUUUUCAGA